UCUAACGGGUGGCCCGGAGGGGCGGCUCCUCGCAGUGUCUUUUACUUUCCCUUUGGGUGCGGCGCCUCUCUGGGGAGAAGGCUGCGGGCUGGCGAGCGGUUCCGGUGAGGCCCCGCGCCCGGGAGAGCGCGCUGUGUGCACCCCUGCCGGCCGGCCUCCCGCCUUGCCGCUCGGACCCUGCUUUGCCGGGUGGGCCGUGCGUUGGCACCAGGGACUUGCCCCAGGGUCGCGCACGGUCGCUGGACCUGCAGCGUGUGUUGUGUCCUUUCCACUUCACGUCCAGACGGCGUUUAGUUUUCUCAGGCAGCACAGGCUCCCAGCACAUGCAGAGGAUGAGGAAGAAGAUGAAAUUGAAAUGGAAGUUGAAGACCAGGAUAGCAAGGAAGCCAAAAAACCGAACAUCAUAAAUUUUGACACCAGCCUGCCAACGUCGCACACAUAUCUGGGCGCCGACAUGGAGGAGUUCCACGGCAGGACUCUGCAUGAUGACGACAGCUGCCAGGUGAUCCCCGUCCUGCCACAGGUUAUGAUGAUCCUGAUUCCGGGGCAGACGUUGCCUCUGCAGCUCUCCCGCCCACAGGAAGUCAGCAUGGUGCGCAAUCUGCUCCAGAAGGACAGGACCUUUGCCGUCCUUGCGUACAGUAACAUACAGGAAAGAGAAGCACAAUUUGGCACCACAGCAGAGAUCUACGCCUAUCGAGAAGAACAGGACUUUGGAAUUGAGGUAGUGAAGGUGAAAGCUGUUGGAAGACAAAGGUUCAAAGUCCUUGAGCUGAGAACACAAUCAGAUGGAAUCCAACAAGCUAAAGUGCAGAUUCUUCCCGAGUGUGUGUUGCCUUCAACCAUGUCUGCAGUUCAGUUAGAAUCCCUCAAUAAAUGCCAGAUAUGCCCUUCGAAACCUGGCCCAUGGGAAGACCAGUAUUCAUGUAAAUGGUGGCAGAAAUACCAGAAGAGAAAGUUUCAUUGUGCAAACCUGACUUCCUGGCCUCACUGGCUGUACUCCCUGUAUGAUGCGGAAACUUUGAUGGAUAGGAUCAAGAAACAGUUGCGUGAGUGGGAUGAAAAUCUAAAGGACGAUUCUCUUCCUUCAAAUCCAAUAGAUUUUUCUUACAGGGUAGCUGCUUGCUUGCCUAUUGAUGACGUGUUGAGACUUCAGCUCCUUAAAAUCGGGAGCGCUGUGCAGCGCCUCCGCUGUGAGCUGGACAUCAUGAACAAGUGUACAUCUCUUUGCUGCAAACAAUGUCAAGAGACAGAAAUAACAACCAAAAAUGAGAUAUUCAGCCUGUCCCUGUGUGGACCAAUGGCAGCAUAUGUGAACCCACAUGGCUACGUGCACGAGACGCUUACGGUGUACAAGGCCUGCAACCUGAACCUCAUCGGCCGUCCUUCCACGGAGCAGAGCUGGUUCCCAGGCUAUGCCUGGACCAUCGCCCAGUGCAGGAUCUGCGCAAGCCACAUUGGAUGGAAGUUUACUGCCACGAAGAAAGACCUGUCACCUCAGAAAUUCUGGGGCUUGACUCGGUCUGCUCUGUUGCCCACAAUCCCCCAAACCGAAGAUGAAAACAACUCAGGAGACAAAAUAAGCCCAGACAGAGUGAUACUUUGCUUGUAAGCGGACACGGUAAGGAUCAAGUUUUUGAACAAACUGGCAUAAUUAUAGACACAGUUAACACAGCAAGGGGUAUCUGAAGAUUUAAGACAUGCUAAGAGGGUAAAAAACAGCCUAGGAUACUUGGUUUUCAGGACUAUUUACUUUAGGAACCUGUGGAACCUGACAUCUCAAAGUAAUGAGAUUGUUUCUGGCAAAGGUUACUUGGAAUUGCUGUAUUACUCGGCCCACAGUUUAAAAGCAAGCACACAUUUCCCUCUGAGACAGGCAGUGUACAUUACUUCAAAAAGGGCUGUUCCUUUCUGUACUAUCUGCAAGAUAAAUUGAUUUGUAAAUUUUGAAAAUAUAUUAAAGAGAGUUUAAGCCCAAA